GCGCGGGCCUUCGUGGCGCGAGGACGUGCCCCCCCGGCUGUCGCGCGUCCGCCGGUGGCGAGAACACUAGUGCGUGCGUGCGUGCCGUGCGUGCCUCUCUCUCUCUCUCUCUCUCUCUCUUUUUCUCUCGUGUGUCCGGCUUUCCACUGUAUUUCCUUUUCUCCCUUUCUCCUUUUCCUCACGUUUUUACUCCACUUUUCUCUCGCCCGCUAUCGAUCCUCGCUCCCCCGAGUGCGUGCCCCGCUAUAAGCCGCGAACGCGGAAACUUUGGAAACUUUCGCAUUCUCUUUUUCUCGUGCCCUCCCUCUCCCUCCCGCCCCUCCUCACGCUUCCGCGUCGCGCGAACAUCCUUCUCUCGCCCCCGCGUGUGUAUCUAAUCCGUUUGCAAUACUUUCCUCCGGUCGUCUGCCGCCGGCUCUUAACGCGACUGAUCUGAGCAGAUAAUCGGCCGGAUAACAAUGCGAACCGCGAUCGUGCAUCGGCCCAAGAGGCCUCGAGAACUACCGACAACAUAAAUCCGAGCCCCUCAAAUCGUGUCACAUCUCUCUCGUCGAAAACAAUCGCCAGUAAAAUACUUGUAUCGACGGCGUGACGGAAAAGAACGACGACGACGACGACGACGACGACGACGAGAACGACGGUGAUUUAACGAGAUAGGCGUCGCGUCGCACGCGCGGCACCCGGCGAUACAUCGCGGGGGCGCGACGCUUUAAUCGCUAAAAGAAAGAAAGAAAAUCAUGCAUCUCCUGACGGCGGCCGGCGCCGAUAUCGUUCCCGCACGCAGCAUCACCGAGAAUGUAUCGCUGGACAGCGAUGUUGGCUCGUGCGGAUCCGAGAAGUGCGGCGGCAGCAGCAGCAGCAGCAGCAUCAGCAACGGCAGCAACAACGGAUGCAGUAGCGGAAUCCGCGACGGCGUCGGCUACGCCAGCGGCCACGACCGCGGCCAACGGUACAACAGCAGCGACAGCAGCAGCGAUAACGGCUACGCUAGCGACGAUUUCUGGGCAUGUACGUCUUCUACCCGGCGGACGAGCUCCUGCGUAUCUAUGAAAAUCCGAUUCGGGAUCAGUCCGUGCCAUUGACUGUCAACGACGCAGCGGCUGUGAACGUCGAUUACGAGGAGAUAAAUCAGCAGCAUUAUCAGCAGCAGCAGCAGCAGCAAUCGCAGCAGUCGCAUUAUCAGCAGCAGCGAAUCGUCGUCGCGAACGACGUCCGCAAGCGCAAGGAGAAAAAGCGAGAGAUUAGUCAGCCGGCGGCGGCGGCCAGCAGGAGGCAAACCGUGCGUAACGGCGACGGCAGCGACGCCGGCAGGAAAGAGGGACGCCGAAACGAGGAACAGCACGCCAGGACUAUGCAAAAUAAUCGUGCCUCCGGCUCCGAAGAAGCCGCCAACCAUCCCCUCAAGGACCUCACGCAGCCGAGUCUCAACGAGCCGCUCAAGCAGCACAAUGGCGUCGCGCUCAAACUCGUCCAGACGGUCUCCGAGUUCGCCCAGGAGUUGGGCGCCGCGAUGGAGAGCCACUCGGCGAACGUGCGACGUCUGGUCGAUGAAUUUCGCAGUCGAUCGGGCGACUCGAGAAUCGAUGUCGGCGGUAUGCGACGAGUUUGGGAGAGUUUGCUGCGGCAGGUCGAAGCGGACGCGGCGUCUCACCUCGAUCUGGCCGCGGUGCUGCAGCAGCAGCUGUCGAGGCCCACCUUAGAGGCGAGCUUCCACCGAAAGCUGCAAUCUAGGAAGGUGUUCGCCCAUCGCGACGCUUACGAGCAGGUAGUUAGCAAGACGGAGGAGAAGUUGCAGCGUGCCAGAUUGGAUUACAAGCGCGCCUACGCCGCGUUGCUAACCAACGAGGCCGGCGGUGUCGAGCAGGAGCUGAAGCGCGCUUACCUCGAGUCGCACAACGCCUACAUCCUGCAGCUACGCGCCACGAACGCCAUUACCGAGCGCUAUCAGUUCCAUUGUCUGCCGGGUCUGCUGGGCGAGAUUGCGGAGGUCUACGAGGAACUUUGCGGAUUGGCCUGCAAAUGCGUCGCCGGGAUCUCGGACGCGGCCGGCGAGCGUUCCGGCGAGCAGGCCAAACGUUAUCAGGUCGUGGCCAAGGAAGCGCAGACGGUUGUACCGUCGAACGAUCUGCAGGCCUUGGCGCGAAAUCUAUCCGCGAACGCGACGCCGAGGAAGCCGCCGCGACGCCUGUACGUCGCGCCGGCACCACCCGAGCAGAUACCGAUGGAGAGAAUCAGUCAAAUACCCACGCUCAGGGACGAGCUGGUACCGACGGGCACUAGCACGCUCCCGCUCAUGGAGGACCUUAAGCGCGAGUACGACAGCCUCAGCCAGGAAAUAGGCCGUCUGCAAGACGCUCUGGACGCACUCGUGCGAAUGCAGCGCAAGAGCGCCGAGAGUAAUCUUUACACGAAAGUGGCCGAGCUGCAGGAAGAUAUUUCUCUGAAGCGCCUCGACCUCGGCGUGGCGCAACUGCGUCUAGCCGCAGUGCAAGCGCAGAAGGAACUUUUCGGGGGUGGCGAGGCCGGUCAACCGGAUGGGGUGACCAGUCGGAAGAUGUCGAACGGUUCGACCGGAAGCCCGAAGCUGAAAUGGCUGAAGGCGUUCAAGAGCCUGAAGACGAGCUCGCCCACGACACCGCCGUUGUCCGACAAAGGAAAGCAGGCAACCAUGUACCACGCAGUUUCCACCGUCGUCGCCAUGUCCAGGAAGAGCCUCGAGUCCGAGGGCGGGCACACUUGGCGCGAGAACACGUACCGGAAGAUCACGCCGUGCGACGCGUGCGGCCAGGUGCUGCGCGGCCACAGCCGCCAGGGCGUCCGGUGCCGCGGCUGCAAGGCGAACGCGCACACGGACUGCAUCAACAUGGUGCAGCCGGCGCUGUGCCCGAGCCUGGCGCCGAAGAAGGGCGGCGGCAUACCGCUUCUACGCCGUCAGAAGACGCAGGUGCCCGCCGACGAGAUGCCGGCGUCGUCUGAGCACAACGUGGACGCCAUAUACCAGGUGCUGAAGCAGGCAGGCGAGAUACGUGGAAACUCGACAAACUCACCACCUACGCCUCCCACAGCAGAACAUCCCCCCUCCGGUGCAGCACCUUCGUCAGCGAGGGCCUCCUCCCAUCCCUGUUCCUCGUCCACCUCUGCACCGCAUAGUCCGCAACGUAGACGCGAGAGGCUGAACCUGCGGAUGAAGAGUCUCAGCUUGGAUUCGCCGGAAGGCACCGCGCACGUGCGGCACCGUCCGCGGGAUUAUUAUGCCGCGGGUGCAAGAGAAACCACACCGCCCCGACAUUCUGACAGCGGCAGUAUCAACAGGCUGUCGCCCUGCAGCCCGGGCCAGAGCCACGGGAUGCACAAACACGUGCGAAGCGCCAUCCGGAUGUCCAGCAUGGAGCUGCCGGACGACAACGAGAAGUCGUACUCGUCGGCGAGCACGUCGCCGUGCCCGUCGCCGCACACCAACAAUCAGAACCACCUGAAUCCACCCGGCAAGCGCGUCCUGCCGCCGAACAACCUCUACGUCGUUCUGUACAACUUCGAGGCGCGACAUCCAGACGAGCUGGACCUCAAGGCCGGUUACAAGAUCACGGUGAUCGACAAAUCCGAGAAGGACUGGUGGAAGGGCAAGUGUCUCGGUGGCCGUGCCGGUUAUUUUCCAAGUGCGUACGUUAUGCGGGUGGAAUCCGGUCAAAGGACUCUUCAGGUCACGCGCAACCUGCAGCUGGCUGAUCAAACUCUACUGCGAGAUCAGAUCGUGAUCCAAGUGGGCGAGGAGGUGGACGGGGUGGCGAUGGUGAGAUGCGCGGCGGACGUGCGUUCCGCCGAUCACACGGGCAAGGAGGGCGACGUUCUCUACAAGGAGAUCCUCUGCCCCCUCAAGUACCUGCAGGAGGUGUGA